GCCUCUUGUUCGCCUCCUCCCAGCCUUGUCUUCACUCUGCAUCCCCCUCUCCGCCGCCGCCGUCACCUCUGUGCACCCUCGCUGGAACCCCUCACGCACGCUCUCUGCUUUCCACACCUCCGAGCUUCCCGACCACCAUGGCGCUGCCCGCGUCGCCGUCGCGCCCCACGUACGCCGCCGAGUCCGAGGGGGCGCCGCUGCAGUCCUUCGCCGGCACGACGCGCUCCUUCUCGCGCUCGGCCAGCACGGCCAGCGUGCUCGACGGCAUGCGCGGCAGCGCCCGCCUCGACGCACUCAUCCCCGAGGAGACGCUCGACCGCCUGGCGAAGAUGGGCAUCGAGAAGCGCACGUACGUCGCGCAGGGCUACCGCUCGCCGCACUCGUCCAUCCCGCAGCCGUCGCACCAGGGCGUGUGGCCGCUGGGCGCCGGUCCGGCGCCGGCCAACGACGACUUUGACACGCCCGGCAGCUCCGGCCCCUCGUUCCUGCUGGGCAACCGCGAGCGCUGGUCGCGCACGGCGACGGCGCCGGCGCGCGAGCUGCUGCCGUACUCGGGCAUGGAGCGCAUCGCCAGCAUCGACUCGAGCGGCGCGGGCAGCUGGCGUAGCAGCGAGGACGAGGAGAACGACGCCGCCAGCAGCAGCGAGGCGGGUGACUUUGGCACCAUCCAGAUCGGCGCCGGCGGGGACGACGAUGUGCUCGCGGCGCAGUUUGCCGACGACUCGGAGAAUGCCUUCGCAACGACGCCCAACACGCUCGACUCGUUCAACCGCAUGUUCCCGCCGUCCCAGGCGGCGCCGCGGCGCACGGCGCUCGGCUCGCGCUCCAACGGCCUCAGCCGUGCGCUGGCGCAGACGAUGCCCGCACAGAAGUCCGAGUCGUGGACGAAGCCGAGCCUCUCGCGCUACUGCAAGGACUUCAGCGUGCUGCCAUGAGCUCGCUGCCGCCGGUCCGCCUACUCCCCGCUGCUGUCUUGCGGGUCUACGGUCCGCUCGCCUGCCUCGAAAAGCGUCUCUUGCGUCGCUAUCACGUCUUGCUUUGGCCCUCUCUCUCUCUCUCUCUCUCUCUCGUCGUGUAUCUCUUUCCCGUCGUAACGCCCCUCACAUGCACGCGCCUUCCACCGACGACUCUCCACAUACAGCAUCGCCCGCCUCGCCCCCCUCACCGUACACAUCCACACACACUGUCUUCCGUCUUGCCCCCGUGUCAUCAAUGCCCCGUUUACACUGCGCCUCGGCAUGCUCAGACGAGCGCAGAUGCCCCUGU